CCAUGGCCAGAGAUCAGUCGGUCACCUCAAGCACUCCUUCUCCAAUGGAUUAUGAGACAAGCAUUUUCCCUCACAUCGGCGGCUAUGGACGCUACAACCGUCUCGUGGUGCUUUUCAGCUGGUUCCCCAACUUUGCGGUCAUGUUGAAUCUAUUUAGCGAUGUUUUCUUCACUCACAUCCCGGAAUCGUAUCACUGCAAACCCGACCCGCAGCUUCUUCCCUCCACUUUCCUCCCCAGCAACUUCUCCAGACAGGGGUACCUGAACCUCACCAUCCCCUGGGUGAAUGGCAGCGGCCUCAGCCACUGUGAACUCUUUAAGUACCCAUCAAAUACCUCAGACUUUUCCGAAAAAGUGCACAGGGAGACGGUGUCCUGCACCCUAGGGUGGGAGUACGCCCAUGUAGCGGGGCUUCAAAGCAACUUUGUCACUGAGUGGAACCUGGUUUGCAGCGACUACUGGAAAAUCCCACUGCAGCACAUCUGCUUCAUGACAGGAUGGAUUCUGGGAUACAUCCUCCUUGGUACAUUGUGCGACUGGCUGGGGCGUCGGCGGUGCUUCCUGCUCUCCAUCAGUCUGUCCAGUCUGUUGGGGGUGGUGGUGUGUCUGUCCAGCAGCGCCGUGGUGUUCCUGCUGCUGCGGCUCUCUCAGGGCGUCAUGCUCGCCGGGGUGUUUGUGUCCUCGUAUAUUUCCAGGUUGGAGCUGUGUGACCCUCCCAAUCGUCUGAUGGUCGCCAUGAUCAGCAGCUUCUUUGCCGUGAUCGCAGAGCUGCUGUUGCCGGGUAUCGCUGUCCUGUGCCGCGAUUGGCCCGUUCUUCAGGCCGUGGCCACUGUGCCUCAGCUGCUGCUGCUUUCGUAUUGGUGCUGUGUGUCGGUGUUUCCUGAGUCUCCUCGCUGGCUGCUGGCCACAGCUCAGAUCCCUCAGCUGAAGAGGAGUCUCCAGGAGUUCUCCACCAGAAACGGAGUUUGUUUGCAAGAUGAAAUCUACCCUGGUGAAACCCUGCUGUCAGAGAUAGAUACAACUUACGGUGAAGAUUGUCAACCAAGGUACUUCUCAUUUUUGGAGCUGCGUCGAACCCGUGUUAUCUGGAAGAACUGCCUCAUCCUUAGCUUCACACUGUUCAUUGGAACUGGCGUUCAGUACUGUUUCACGAGGAACCUGCACAGACAUUCCUCCAACUUCUACUUCAGCUACUUCCUUCGAGUGAUGACCGGCGCUCUGGCCUGCGUCUUCAUCUGCGUGUCCGUCAAUCAUUUUGGUCGGCGGGGUAUGCUUCUGCUCUCUGCCAUCAUCACCGGACUGUCCUCGCUGCUGCUGCUCGCCCUCACUCAGUAUCUGCGAGGAGGCCUGGUGUUGGUGCUCUCUGUCGUGGGGCUGCUGUUCUCUCAGGCUCUCGCCAUGCUCAGUGUGUUGUUUGCUUGUGAGGUGAUGCCCACAGUGGUUCGAGGUGGUUGCCUCGGCCUGGUGCUGGCAGCGGGCUGUGUUGGCAUGGCCGCCUCCUCCCUGAUGGAGCUCCAGAACAACGGGGGCUAUUUUCUCCACCAUGUCAUCUUCGCCUCCUUCGCCGUCCUCUCUGUUCUCUGCAUAAUGCUCCUGCCUGAAAGCAAGCGGAAGCCGCUCCCAGACUCCCUGAAGGAGGGCGAGAGCCAACGACGGCCUCCUCUCCUCCUGUCCCGGCCCGACAGAGACAACCUGCCAUUACUGAGCACCCGGCCCCCUCUGUCAGAGUACAACCCUGAUAACUAUUCCCGCCUGGUCUCUGCCACCAGGAAGAUGUUGACUAAAGAUAGUUUGCCUUACAGGAUCGCUGUGCCGAUGCAAAACUCUCUGCUGCCAGAGAGUGAAACGCAGAAGCAAGAAAAUGAAACUCUGAAAGAGGUCAUGUCUUAACUCCUCAUCACUCCUUCGUACAGACUCGGACUAUACCUCCUCCUUCUUCUAGACACACCUCCAGGGACAGUCUACCAGCAUGCUUCAUUUCAUUAAUGUCCAAGUCACUUGCUGGUCAUUACUCCCCUGAAGAGCUGACCCCGGCUCGGAUGCAGUGCACUUUAGAGCGACGGCUCCGAGCAUGUACAUGUUUUGGACUCUUUUGUUACAUUUGACUAUUAGAGAUGUUAAGAAUAAACAAUGGCCUUCUUCAGCAGCUUACGUUUUUUUACAUUAGCCUUAAAAAUGCUGUUGCUCGUCCGUCUGUAGGCUUACAAAUUGAAUUGCCGGACACUAUUUCCCCCAGAGAAGCUCGCUCAACCGUGAGCCGGCUGGUAAUCAUGUGAGCAGCAGUGCUUUGUCCAUUUAUCAGCGACUCAUGCUCUUUUCGUUAACUCCAUCAAUGUCCUUGACCAGCAGUGCCUCAGUGCUGAGCGGAUCCCGAGGACACACAAGACACGUUCACUGUCUUUGUGGAGUCUUGUUAUACUUGUGAAGCACACAAGGGGGAACUAAAUGAUGCACUGGUUAUUGAAUCUGAUGAAAGAGUCAAAGGAUGUGAAUCUGAUGGGGUUUUUUGUAUUCUUACUGUCACAACCUACUUUGUUAAUCUAAAUAUGUCCCUUGGAAGUGUUUGGGAAAAUGUCUGUGCAGGAAAAUACCACUAGAUACCAAUCAGGUGAUGAUGAAUUCCGUCUGUGGAUGAUUCGUUUGUCUGCUUUAUAAACCACUUCGUCUCAAAGUAUUAUUUAAAGGUGCUAUAUUUACCUUAUUUUUCUGUUAACACACUGAAUGUAGCUGAUGAAUCUGCAGAUGUGCUAACCUCUGUUGCUGGCAGCCGAAAAUGUGAAUAACCUUUUUGUUCUCAAAUGAUAUAAAUGGUAUCCUUUGGUUUCUUAUUAGUAAAAAAAAAGAAAGAAAUUGGUUUAACUAAAAAGCAGUAAAUGAAGGGCAUUCGAUUUUUUCAUAAUAAUGGAUACAACCUGAGUCAAUAUGUUUUUUAUGUACGUCAUGUUUAAGCACAUUACUAACAGGACACUGAGGGGCAUGUUAAUCCCAUGGUAUCCCUGGUAAAGUGAAACUAUUCUUUCAACAGCAUUACUUUAACUCUUCAAAGUUGCCAUGUUUGAUAGAAGAAAAACACACUACUUUGUUUGACAUUCAGGACUUGUGUAAUAGUUUACUUAAUGUAUCCGUACAGUUACGAGGUUUCUGUCAGUGAACACACAAAGAUGAUUUUGUUCCUCCAGUUGGUCAGAAAACUCGUUGUUUGUCUUUGUUUACAUCCUUUUUGCUUAUCAAUGUCCUAGCCAAGUGAAAACCUUAUAACCUUAACUAAAAAAUAUUCUCUUUUUCAUCCAUCAUGCCAUCAAGGCAAAUGUUCCGAUGUGUGUAAUGUGUAGGCCUAAAUGAAAUGGAAAACCUGCAAA